AUGGAUUUUUGGACGAAAGAGAGAAUUCAAGCUCGCUUCGAUGAGAUCUGGAGCUUCGGUCAAGGAAGCCAGCGUUCUCACGUUGACACUCCCAUGCCUUGCCGGAGGAUUCUUCGUCCCCAAGACUCACUUUCCUCCAUGUCUUCGACCGACCCGUCGGAUCAAUACGAAGUCAAUUUGUCGAUGAAAUUCUCGAACGACAAAGAGUCAUUCCGCCUCCAGAAGAAUUUCGUCUUUGGCGAAAAACAAUCUCACGAGAAGCAUAAAAAAGCGAGAAAGGGUGGAAAGAAGGUUCGCCUAGCUACUGCUACCGAGAAACCCGAAGAUACAGCAUUUUAG